AUGGGAAACAUAAUUGAAAACGAAGAAUUUAAAUCUAAUCUCUAACAAUUACUCUAAAACAAGAAAUUUAAAAGAACCCUCAAAAUUCUAUAUAAGGAAAAGUAAGGCCAAUUAUUAAGUGUGCAAUCCUGUGAAAUUAUAGACCAUUUUGAUACAAUUAGAUAACGUUUGGAUGAUAAACACAGGACACUUUAUGAUUCUUUUGAACACAAUUGCUAUAUAAUUUUAGAUUUAGAAGAAAGAAAAAGAUGGUUCGAUUAAUGCAAAAUAUGUAGUACUAAGAUGAAGUAGGAGUAAAAUAAAUUACAUUGUCCUAAUUGCAAAUAAAAUACUGAAUCUAAACUUGCUUUCUGUCUCAGAGUCAGAAUUGUUGAUGUGAAUUCUUAAGAUACCUACGACGCAAUAAUAUUUGAAGAAGCUUCACAUUAUUUAAGCCUAAAUGGUAAAAAAAUUUCUGUGAAAACAUUCUCAGAUUUGAGUCUUAAUUCCCAAAAUAAUAUUCUUAAUGAAGCAAAUGAAAAGAAAUCAAACAUCAUACAUUUGCUUUAGUUAUAAUUAAUUUAAAAAACAGAAAAUUUCAAAAUUAAAAAAAUUAUGCCUUAGAAAACAGAAUGA